CGAAAUUUCUAUUAGUUUGUUCGUCCUUUUGGCGUUGCAUUGCAGCACAUUGUGGGUUCAAAGGAGUAAGGCGUUAUUUACGAGGCCGAAAACACAUAUCGCAAAGGGACCAGCUUCCUGCCCCCUCUCAAUUCUUUUCCAAAGCAACGGCUUUUUUUGUCUAAUCAAUCAUCACACAUACACCAGCAUCUGCAACGAAGACGAUAAGCCAUGGCAAAAAUUACUCUUGACACCACUUUGGCCGACCUCUACCGCGAGCAUGGCAUCAAAGGGCCUUUCAUCACAACGACCCAUUGUGUAUUUGGCCACAUGGACCUACAUCCCGAGAUUCCAAGGGAGCUUGUGUUUCCUGAAGACGAGGAGCCCGUGCCGUAUAGCGACGACGAAAAUGAGAAGGCGCGCUUGCGUCAAAUCAUUCUAAACUAUAAGCCUCUUCGCAGAGUCUUUGGUGUUGGCGAUAUGGAAGUCAUCUUCUUUUCCCCCAGUGUCUCUCCCGAGAAGAUGGAGCGGGACGUGAACCAGCUACCAGAAAAUCAGCGUCAUCGUGCCCGAAUGAUUGAUCUUACCAAAGGCAACGUCCCCGAUCAGCUACUGGAGGCUACCAAGGGGAAAACACUUGUCUUUUGGCGCCCACAAGGCUGGAUGCGCGACCACAAGUGUCUGGUUGAUCCCACGCUCGCAUACCACAUCAACUCCAAAGACUAUCUUAUUACCUCUGGUAUGCACACACCACCAUCGGAGGUAGUAAGUUUGGAAGAUAUUAGCAGGCAGUCAAUUUUUGGCACACGCCCGCUUCCUUUUGCGGUCAAGCUGCUCAAAGCUGGAUGUAGCUUUGGCACCUUUCUGGUGACAUCGGAGCAGAAGCGCGAUGAUUUACUUGCUGCGCUCCCCGUAUACAAAAAGAGAGGCACUACCGUUGUUGUUCUUUCUGAUUAUAUUAGCCCGAAGCUCGACCUGGCUGUGCACUUUUUCAUUGGCGCCCCUGAUAGCGAGCGAAACCGGAGCAACCCGCUCAUUCUGGCCACGACGGUGCAACGCUUGACGCCUGACGGCAAGUGGGUUGGUGGGCAUGUUGACUACAGGGUGCAGGAAGACCUCAGAAAAUUGGUUUGGGACACUGUGGUUGACACCACAAAGCGCAUUCCCGAGGAGUUUGUUGGUUGGGCUGGAGUCGAUAUUAUUGUGGAUGAUCAAGGAAGCCAGUGGGUGGUUGACCUGAAUGCUAGAUACACAGGUUCUCUGCCCAUUUGUUUCAUGUCUGGUCACUUUUGGAAAGAGCGUGGUUUGCCUCUUGUCGAGUUUGGAACAUUUGAAUACCCUGGGGAAACUGACGGCAUCUACAGUCGUCUUGGACCUAUGUUGGAGUCGGGGCAGAUCAUUGUCACCGCUACCGCCAGCAUUGGAGAGACAAACAUGGCCGAUAUUGUCUGGGGCGCAAAGGGUGAGAUAGAGCUUGCCGAAAUUGGAACCUUUAUUAAAACCUCUAUUGGCUCCUCUGCUUCUCAAAAGCAGCAAGAAUAGCCCGUAUUUCGAGUUGACCGUGGAUAGAUCAAUAAUUAGACUAGAAAAGUAGACAUAUAAAAUGGAAAUUGAUGCUUCAAGAUCAACAUUUAAUCGUCUAAUCACCUCUAUAUCUCUAGUGGACCGCUGGCUUGACUCGUAAUUGGCACAUCCUGGUACUAGCCACAGCCUGUUGUACAACAUCGGCUACUGGCGAUCA